CGUCCUGGGGCUCAGAGAAGGCUGCACACGCACGCUGCUGCACUUGAUAACACGGAAUAAGUUUUUACCCUGAAGGACGCUUCGGGUUAUUCUUGUGUUUUAUUUUGUUUUCCUUUAGAGGCAACAGAGAUGACACUUGUGAAACUUUGAAAAGAAAAGAAAAUAACUAACAUGUGCCUGAAAGCUGUUCCAUGUUACUGAGGGAAUAAACGCCAAGUGGAUAUUACACACCGGGCUCCGGACGCAGAGACUGGAGACUUUCACGCUCACUUUAAACAUUCAUUUGUUUUCUCACAUUUCCUUGGAUAGCUUUUAAUAGCCUUAUUUUCACCGACCGCGAUUCUCAUAAUGCGACUUUUUCUGGCGUGUGCGACCUGUCAGGAACAAACAGAGCUGGUAAAAAUGUUACAAGGUUGUUAAAUUUAUUGGAACGUGACCACCGGAGAUGAACUUUCUCCGUAUUGAUUGCGGGAGCUCUGGUGAAUGAUUGACAGCAGAGGCUCGGCCUGGCGCACAAACUGGAUUUACCGUCAGGAGUUCAACUUUUGUUUUAAUCAUUAAGAGAAAAGAAGGAGCACAAUAUAACUCUGGCCCUGGUUCAUUCAGCAGAAGAAUAGCGUUUUCAUCCAGGUUUCUGAGAUGAACUGAAGCUAAUUUACCCUCCUCCAUUACUAUUUUAUUUCCGUUUUAAUGACUCUAAAUCAAUCACUUUAAACCAUGUUCUAUAGGCCUAUGGCAUCUACGGUGAGGCACGCGACGUGCAGCCCGCUGUUCCCGCGGCCCCUCGUGCUACUACUGCUGCUGCUGUUCCGGUGUCCUGGUUUCACAUUAGGAGCCUCCAAAGAUCUGGUGUGUGAGCCCAUAACUGUGCCCAUGUGCAAGGGCAUCGGCUACAACCUGACCUACAUGCCCAAUCAGUUCAACCACGACACCCAGGAGGAGGUGGGGCUGGAGGUGCACCAGUUCUGGCCCCUGGUCCGGAUCCGCUGCUCUCCAGACCUGCUCUUCUUCCUGUGCAGCAUGUACACCCCCAUCUGCCUGCCGGACUACCGCAAGCCACUGCCACCCUGCCGGUCUGUGUGUGAACGGGCCAAACGGGGCUGCUCCCCUCUGAUGAGCCAGUACGGCUUCGAGUGGCCCGAGAGGAUGAGUUGCGAACAGCUGCCCCAGCUGGGCGACGACUCGACCCUGUGCAUGGACCAGAACAGCAGCGAGACCACCACCCUGGCUCCACCAUUCCCCAAGCCCACCUCUAAAGGCCGGGCCAGACCACCCAGCCCCCCGCAGUGUGACAGGGAGUGCCGCUGUCGAGACCCCCUGGUCCCAAUCAAGAGGGAGUCCCACACUCUGUACGGCCAGGUUCACACCGGGCCCCUACCCAACUGCGCCCAGCCCUGCCACCAGCCCUACUUCUCAGCCAACGAACGCGCCUUCACCAGCUUCUGGGUGGGACUCUGGUCGGUGCUGUGCUUCAUCUCCACCUUGACCACUGUCGCCACCUUCCUCAUUGACAUGGAGCGCUUCCAGUACCCAGAGAGGCCCAUCAUCUUCCUGGCUGCAUGCUACCUCUUCGUGUCUUUGGGUUACAUCAUCCGCUUGGUGGCAGGCCAUGAGCGAGUGGCGUGUGGCGCCGGCAGCAAUGUUGGUGGCGACCAGCUGCACAUCCUCUACGACACCACUGGCCCCGCUCUCUGCACCCUUGUCUUCUUGUUGGUGUAUUUCUUUGGCAUGGCCAGCUCCAUCUGGUGGGUGGUGCUGUCCUUCACCUGGUUUCUGGCUGCAGGGAUGAAGUGGGGCAGCGAGGCCAUCGCAGGAUACUCGCAGUAUUUCCACCUCGCCGCCUGGCUCAUCCCCAGUGUCAAGACCAUUAUCGUCCUGGCUCUCAGCUCUGUGGACGGGGACCCUGUGGCUGGAAUCUGCUACGUGGGGAACCAGAGUCUGGAAAGUCUGAGGGCAUUCGUACUCGCACCUCUCGUGGUUUACCUCUUAACCGGCUCACUUUUCUUACUUGCCGGCUUUGUUUCUCUCUUCCGUAUCAGAAGCAUCAUCAAGCAAGGUGGCACCAAGACGGACAAACUGGAGCGGCUGAUGAUCCGCAUUGGGCUCUUCACGGUGCUGUACACCGUCCCCGCCACCAUCGUGGUGGCCUGCCUGGUCUAUGAGCAGCACUACAGGCCUGGCUGGGAGCGAGCCUUGGCCUGCUCCUGCCAGUCUGAGCGCCAGCGCUUGGGCGUGGGCCCAGACUAUGCCGUCUUCAUGCUCAAGUACUUCAUGUGCUUAGUGGUGGGCAUCACAUCAGGAGUCUGGAUUUGGUCAGGAAAGACCCUGGAGUCCUGGAGGAGGUUUGUCACACGAUGCUGCCCCUGCUGGCCACAGAAAGCCACUGCUCCACCCUCCAUGUACAGUGAGGCCAGUACUGCUUUAACUGGACAUACUGGAACUGGGCUGACAUCAGGGAUCUACCACAAAGCUGUUCCAUCGCAUAUAUGAACUGACUUGCACAGUUAAGAGGAUUGAUGUUCAUACAGUCACCUCUCUGGACACUCAGAAAUAAACUAAAGUAUCUGAACACACAGAAAGUGAGUGUGGACAAACAUCUGUAGGACUGUGUGCCCUGACUAUCAGCUCGCACAAAUACUAGAGGAUUGUGACAAUAUGACACACAAGGGACCAAAAGAUUCAGAGCGAGCAAAAUAAG